AGCUGCCCGGGCCCCUUGGAGUGAAGCUCAAAAAGCUCGACUUACUCUGCAUACCACCUAAUCCCCAACUACCCUCCACCUACCUUCCACCUACCUUCCACCUUCCAUCCACCCUUCCGUCCUUCCUGCUCCCGCAUCUCCAUAUCAUCUCUCCUUCCCUCUCCUCCGCUUUCCUCUCGCAUUCCAAACACAGAACGAGCUCCCAGAGAACCCCCCAAACACCAGCAGCUAUGAGAGAAAACAUCAUCUUCACCUUCCCCGGCAUAUCCGUGACGGCGCCGCACUCUACCAGCGCAGUCGGGCUGCUCAUCCUCUCCUCCUCCUCGCAACAGAUCGACUAUGCGCCAGCACGGGAAGACAUCUACCUGCGGCUGCGGCACACGCCCGACAGCGAGAAAGGGUCUGACGCAUUGGACGUAUUGAUCGAGGCGUGGCGCGAGCUGCGCAAGACGUCGCCGCGCGAGUUCGUUCUCGCGACAGAAUUUGGCGACAUCACGAUUUCGUUCCCGGAGCUGCACCACUUGAUCCCGCAGAACGAUACGCGCAUCGACCUGCCCUUGGAGGCGAAGGCCGGCAUGACCUGGGAGGUCAUCGUGAGAGAGUUCGAGGCUGAGGUAGACCGCUUCGUCAGCUACAGGAAGAACUCGUAUUCCCUCCUCGAUGCCCCCUUUGGCGCGCAGAGCGGGAAGGCCCGUGAGGCAGAGGGCAUCAAGCCGUAUAACCCCGGGGCGUACCCGAAUGAGAAGGCGGGGGGGAGUGGCGGGAGUGGUGGCAGGUUGGUGCUGGUUGAUGAGGAGAAUGGCGCGGAGGUGGGUGAGGUCGGGGGCAUGCAGGUGGCGACCAUCGAUGUCGUGCCGGGGAGUAAAGAUCCCGUUGAAAUCACCUUCCCCACCGAAGGCGAGAGUGGCCCAGUCACGGUCCGCACAGCCGACUACCUCAAAGAUGCCUCACACCCCAUGUACCAAAACAGCUCUCUGGUGCAGACCGCAGCCACGGCAUCGCGUCUCAUCGUCACCACAUCCGCCUACAUUUCCAACGCCAUGACGCAGGGCGCUCAGACUUUCGCUGAGAGAACGAAGCCCAACACUACACCCACCACCUUCCAGCCCUCGACACACGAGCGCUUCCAGCAAGUCCACACUCUGACAUCGACGGCCGCCAAGUUCUCGUCCGUCGCCGUCGGAAAGGUAUCGCAACUUGCGCAGAACGCGGGUGCGAAGCUGGCCGGCAAAGACAAACCGCAGACGCGCGGCAAGCCCAGGGACCCCAACAUCCUGAACAAGUCGCUCAUCGCCUUCUCGACCGUCGCCGACAGCAUCGACUACGCAUCCAAAUCGCUGCUGAACUCGACGUCGCAGGCAGCCACGCAGAUGGUCACGCACAAGUACGGUGCCGAAGCCGGCGAGCUCUCCAAGAACCUGACCGGAUCCGUCAAGAACGUGGGUCUCGUGUACAUUGACGCCUCCGGUGUGUCGCGCCGCGCCGUCGUUAAGGGCGUCGCCAAGGGAAUGGUCGUUGGCAAGGUCCGCGGCGGAGGAGAGGUCAUCGUGCCCGGCAACGGCGAGAAGGUCGAUGGUCUGCCGUAUGGAUGGGGCGAUGGCCCGCUCGGAGGCGCCCACGCUGGUCCCCCGAGCGGAAGGAUCACCCCCGGCCAAACCUCACAUACCCCGCCUCCUCCUGGAUACACUCCCGCUGGGUACCCCACAAGUGGCGAGGGCAGCAACAGCAUGUACUUUGCGCCGCCACCAAGGGCUCUUACCAGCCCGGCGGCCGUCAAAAACGGAUAUCCAAAUGACAAGCCCAAAAACGAAAAGAGCACUGAAUUCCGCUUCUGAGCGGUCGCGUGUGUUUCUUUCUUCUUCUUCGAAUUGAUUUCUGUUUUUGAGAGGGGGUAUUUUUUUAGUCCUGGACUUGUAUGGCUUCGUUGGCUGGGAAUUCUUUUCUGUUCGGGUGCUUGUUUUCAUCCUCAUUUUUAUUAAGUCUGUCGAUAUACCGGGUUUGCGUAACGGAAUGAGAGAACAUCAAUUUAUUGUCGCAUGCGGCCUUUUCAUGACCAUUUGAAGCCGUGUCACCAGGCUACGAGUGACUCCCGAUGACA